AUGGGAAAGCGCAAGAAGGCGGCGAAGAAGCCCGCGCAGCCAAAGAAGAAAGAGGCGCUGUCGACCACCUUCCAGUGUCUGUUCUGCAACCAUGAGAACUCGAUCCUCGUGAAGCUCGACAAGAAGGCUGCCAUCGGCCACCUUUCGUGCAAGGUGUGUGGCGUGUCGUUCCAAUGCAAUAUCAACGCGCUCUCCGCCGCCGUCGACGUGUACUACGACUGGGUUGACGCCUGCGACGCCGUCGCCGAGGGAGAGGCCGGUGCCGCCAGUGGCAAGACCUUCCGCGAACCUGGAUCGCUGCAACGAGGACAAGCCGGUGGCGCUCGCCGUGGCGGAGACGACUUCAUCGAGGAUGACGAGGCCGAUGCGGAGGGCGACUACGCCGACGACGAUUGA